GCCUCAGCGCAGGGAGAGAGGCUGCCGGAGACAGGCAGGGGGAGGCGGCGAGGCGCCCCGUCCGCUCCGGAGGAGGCCGGCCCGGCGCGGGGGCGAGCGGCGGGGGCCGGGGGGAGAUCACGCUCAAUAUUCACAACCAGAAGGAAAAGGAAGAAUCUCAUGACUCUCUGGACUUCAAGGAUAUCAUUAUGUUGUGUUGGAUGAGUUUAAACUAGACAAGACUUCUUUCUGAAACACUUCCAGAAAGUGAGCGUGCCUGAGGGGAGAAGAACACAAGAGAGGAGAGACAAUUGAACAUCACCAUUGUCCAAGACCUGAAAAAAUGGUGCUGGAUGAACAGAGGAUUGGAACUUAAUUGUAGAAGGGAAAUAAAGUCUUGGCAGGCGAUUUGCUUUAUUUCCACAUUUAUCAUGGCCCAAAUCCUCUGGCUGGCUGGUUGAUGGGACUGUCCAACGCUUCCUAUUUAGGUUCAGUGCAGAUAUCCUCUGCCUACGGAUUGAAAGACCUGGGAGCAGGUGGGAACUGGAUGGUGCCAAAUACGGGAAUGGAAAGAGAAAUGGACUCUGACAAGCUAAGAUGGAAGUGACUUGACAGCUCUAAGCUGAGCAGUUGUCUCCGGUAAGGACAGGUUAAGACGGGAAUCUCAAGCUUCACUGGGAGAGCAGUAUGCAGGAAGCUGGUUUUCAGGCCACAAAUGCUUUCACAGAGUGCAAAUUCACCUGCGCCAGUGGUAAAUGCUUGUAUCUUGGUUCAUUGAUUUGUAACCAACAGAAUGACUGUGGGGAUAACAGUGAUGAAGAGAACUGUCUGCUUGUAACAGAGCAUCCACCUCCAGGCAUCUUUAGCUCUGAACUGGAGUUUGUUCAAAUCAUCAUUAUAAUUGUGGUUAUAACUGUUAUGGUGGUAGUGAUCAUCUGCUUGUUAAACCAUUACAAACUCUCGACACGCUCCUUUAUCAACCGACAGAGCCAAAGCAGAAGACAGGAAGAAACUUUGCAGACGGAAGGGUGCUUGUGGCCUUCAGAAAGCUCGGUUUCGCGCCAGGGUGCUUCAGAGAUCAUGUAUGCUCCAAGGUCCAGGGACAGGUUUACCGCCCCAUCUUUUAUGCAGCGGGACCGUUUCAGUCGCUUCCAGCCCACUUACCCUUACAUGCAGCAUGAGAUUGACCUUCCUCCGACCAUCUCCCUCUCUGAUGGGGAAGAGCCACCGCCGUACCAAGGCCCGUGCACCCUGCAGCUCCGGGACCCAGAACAGCAGAUGGAGCUCAACCGGGAAUCCGUCAGGGCACCGCCCAACCGAACCAUUUUCGAUAGCGACUUGAUAGACAUCUCGAUGUACAAUGGGGGCCCCUGCCCACCAAGCAGCAAUUCGGGCAUAAGUGCAACCAACUAUAGCAGUAAUGGAAGGAUGGAAGGACCGCCCCCGACGUACAGUGAGGUCAUGGGGCAUUACCCAGGCUCCUCUUUUUUCCAUCACCAGCACAGCAACGUGCCUCCUUCCUCGCAGAGGGGGAGCAGACUUCAGUUUCAGCAGAACAAUGCAGAGAGCACAAUAGUCCCCAGCAAAGGCCAAGACCGGAAACCAGGAAACCUGGUCUAAGUUACUCUCCCAGGCGCAUUUGAACUGAAGACAAGAGAAUCAAGCAGGGCGGUGGAGGAGGACCCCCAUGCUCCGGUGCACAAUGUUGUUACGUUUCACGUUCUACAACUUAGUAAAACCAAACGUGCAAAC